ACCGGCUUAACCUCGCUGGCGUCCUUCGCCCGAGGCGGAACCAUUCGCUCCGCGGCCUUUACGGCCCGGCAGGACCGGUUAGAACGAUGUACCCGGAAGUGGUUCCCUCGGUACCGGAAGCCGGAAGUCACGCUUCUCUGGUUUCGGAGGAGACGCGAGGCGUAGCAGUCCCUGAGCAGGUCUCGUGGGCAGAGCCGGGCUGGGGGGCGCGGGGAGCGGCUAUUUCGGCUCCUUCAGAAGUGUGAAUGAACCAAGGAGCGAAAUCAGCACUGGAUCCACACUCCUUCAUCUGCAAAGACAUUGGCUGGUCCUGGAAACAGCCUUCAACAUUGUGGACGCAUCCUGGAAGCAAUUCAUCGCAGCCCAGAAUCUGUUUACGGUGGCUAACCGAGCAUCAUGUCCCAGGCGACCAAACGCAAACACGUGGUCAAAGAAGUGCUAGAGGACUAUGUGGUUCCUUCAGAGAGGCAGCAGAUUGUCCGGGUGCUCGGGACACCAGGAAACAACCUCCAUGAAGUGGAAACCCCGGAGGGGACACGUUUCCUGGUCAGCAUGCCCACCAAGUUCCGUAAGAACAUCUGGAUCAAGAGAGGAGAUUUCUUACUGGUUGACCCCAUUGAAGAAGGAGAGAAAGUAAAAGCAGAAAUCAGUUUUGUCCUGUACAAGGACCAUGUUCAGUACCUGAAGAAGGAAGGAUACUGGCCUGAUGCUUUCUUAGGAGACGUAAAAGGAACUCAAAGCAGUGCUAAAGAAAGUAGUAGAGAGGGGGUACAAAGCACCCCUCAGUCUUCUGGAGAAGAGGAUUCCGAAGAUGAUGACACUGACCUGUUUGUGAACACAAACCGAAUAACUUACGACUUUAUGGAGAGCGAGGAGAGCAGCGAGUCAGAAGAAGAAGAAGAAGAAAAAUAAACCACCAGAUUUACGGAGCAGAGCAAAACCAAAUCCUGGUUUAGCCGGAAGGAACGUGGCUUGUGGGUGGGGGGGUGUCUCAGCCCAAGUGUGCAUGGACAAAGUGAGAUGGUGUCCCUUUAGGGCAGGGGUCUCCCAACAUGGCAACUUUUAAGACUGGCGGACUUCCAACUCCCAGGCUGGGGGAUUCUGGGAGUUGGAAGUCCACCAGUCUUACAAGUUUGCCAUGU